UGCAUUUGAACCUGUAACAGAAGUAACUGUAUAGCAAGUCACCUUUACUGGUUCACCCAUGGAUGCUGAUCUGGCUGGCAAUCAUUCAUAGUUGUAAACUAAUAUCUUAUUGUGUUCCAUCUGGCUGACCAUUAUUUAAAACAACUACUUGUUUGAAACAACAGCACCAAUACUUUUGAUUUUGUUGAAACCAGUUUAUCAUACAUAGUAUCAACAUUGAUUAUCUUUCUAAACUAGAAUUUAUUAAAAUUGAGAAAGAUGGAAUUUUCCUUUUUAAGAAAAAGAAAACAACAUAUGCAAAUAUCAUAAAUUUCGAAUUUUGUUUUCUUAUGCUUUACAUUGAAACUUAACAAGAUUGUCAUAAUUAAAAUGUCUGAAUUUGGUAAAUUUUCACGUGAUCAUAUUUUAAAAGAAAUAAGUUCUACAUUAUCAGAAAGAAAAACAUUGUACAGUAAAUUGCAAAAUCUGGAAGAAGAAUUAACUUCACUUGAAAAAAUUUUAUUAACUAAAAGAAACCUUAAUGAAAUAUUUAAACAAUCUCCAAGUAUAGAAAAUGAAGAACACUUUAAAAAAGAAGAAAUCGAACAAAAACAAUUAGCUUUUCGUGAAUCUAUUAUCAUACCAAAUUUUGAAGAUCGCAUUAAAACUAUCAUUAAAAAUGCAUUAAUGGAAAACAGUAGUCCUAUACAAGAAGAAAGUACAGAUAAACUUUCUACAACCAAAGAUUUUUCACAAGGGGAGUCAACUAUUAAUGAUACUUCUAAAACUUUACUUCCUAAAUGUUCUCUUCAAGUAAUAAAUACUGCAAAAAUGCUAAAAGAAGAAUCACAUUUAUCUCCAAAGAAGAAUUUAGCAAAUGGUUUAAUCAGUCAUCAAGAAAAUAUCACAAAGAUUUUGUCAGAUAAGAAAACUAAAAGCUCAUUAAAUUCAAAAUUGUGUCUUGAGGAUUUAAAAUAUGGAAAAUUAUUACAUUCAGGAACAAUUAAAUUAACAGAAGUAUAUUCUCCAAUCAGUCCAAGUAGAACACCACCACUUUCUGAUACUGAAUGUCAAGAUUACAUUUCAACUGUAGGAAAUAUUAACACUUCAUUAUUUAACAUUCAUAAAAAUUUAUCAUUGAACUUUGAAUCACCUAGUCAAAAGUCUCUAAAGUUAUCUCCAAAAAGCAGUCCAGAGAAAUUGCAAUAUGUGGAAUUAGAAACUUCUGGCUUGAUUACUCCAAAAAAAUCACCUGAUGAUUCACUGUCUUCAGAAAGUGGUUUUUAUGAUAUAAAGAAUUCCAAACAGACAAAUUUUGUAAAGGAAGAAAAUAUUAAUGCUAGUCAACAUUCUAAAUCUCCAAGCAUAUCAUCUUGUGUAGACUUAGUACAAAAUCAUCAGUUUGGAAUUUCUAAACCAAGAAAUGGUUUUUCUAUUAAAGAAGAAUUAUUGCAAAAUAUUCUUCAUACUGAAAUAUGUAAUUUGAACAAAGAAAGUACAAAAAAUUUAAAGCGAAAAUCAGUUUCUAACAAUUUGUGCCCAGAAAAUAAAAUGAAACUGUAUGAAAUGGCAAAAUGGAAUUUUACAAAAUUGGCAACUUCUAAAUUGAAUAAUAAUCAAAUUAGCUUCAAAAAUAUCCUUGGUAGUUCAGGUAAAAAGAAAAAAGAAAAUCAUAUUGAAACAUCAAACAAAAUUGCAGAACAGCUCAAAAUUGUAAUGCCAUUGGGUAUGCCAUGUAAAAAAUCUAAUUCAGAAGAAAAUUUAAUAAAAGAAAUUAAAAAGAAAUGUCCAUCUUCAAGUCCUAGUCAUGCAAAUAAUAAUCCAAAAGAUGGACAUUUUCACUGUUUCAAAACAUCAGUAAAACCACUUCCAAAAAAGGGACCUAGAACUCCACCGGACACUCCACCUCGUACACCAUCCACUUCUCCAGAAAGACAACUUACUCCAUUAUCAUAUACAUCUAAAAAGAGUCCAAGUAGUAGUAUAAGUUUAUCACCAUUAUCAUCACCAUGCAAAGAUUCAACUACUUUGGCAAAUGAUAAUUUUCAAGACAAGAUGACUUUUGAAGAUCAAUCAUCACUAAAUAUUAAUAUUGCAAAAUUAGAAAAUCAUAAAUUUCCAGUCACUACUUGUUCUGGUAAUUCUCAGUCAAAUAUAAACAGUCAUACUGUAUCUGUUAUAAAACCUAACAAUUUAAUUCAAAAUGUAAAUGUUGGAAAAGUUUGUCUUUCUUUUAAUACAUUAAAUUCAAAAACUAGUAAUAAUCUGUCACAGCAAGAAAUGAUGACAAAUCUACAAGGAGAUAAAUCAAACACAUCAGAAAAUUCAAGACAGGUUGUUGUAAUGAAUAAUUCUUCAGGAAAUCAGGCUACAAAUAUGAAUUUUACUUCAAAGAGUAAUAUUUCUACUGGGAUCAAUACGUCAUUAUCUUGGAAUCCCCACAAUCCACCACCUCCACCUGGUCCUCCACCACAGUUACCACCAUUACCACCAAUGGCUCCACCUGAUCUUCAAGGUUCUUCUAAUAUAUCCGAACAUAAGACUCAGGUUCAUAAGCAAAUGCCAAAUGGAACAACAAUGCAAAUUGUUAAUUCGUUUUCUGUCCCCCCUCCAAACUUUAAUAUGCCUCCUCCAAUAUCUCUUCAACCUCAAGUAACUCGUGUUUUAACUCAAGUUACAUCAGGACCUUCUAUUCCAUCUCUUCCAAAUAUAUCUGUUCCACCACCAAAUUUAUAUCCUCUUAAUUUAUCAGGAAUUGUACCUCGCAGUAAUUUACUUUCUACAUCAGUUUCUUCUCCAUUUGACUUUAGACAAACAUCUCUAUCAAUUCAAACCCGACAGUCUAAUGUUGAACAGUUUCUGUCUGGAAAUCAUACCAUUUCAAUACAUAGACCAAGCCAUCCACCUCAAGUUCGUUCAUCAUCAUAUUUACCACAAAUUUCUCAUCCAGGAGCACCUAUGCUACCAUCUAAAACAGGUAUACCACCACCUCCACCUCCACCUCCUCCACCUCAGAUGGCUCCUGUAAACUUUAUAAGACCUCAUCCUUAUCAUAAUCUUGGUCCGAACGCAAAACAUAGACCUAUGGCAGAAUGGCAAAAUGAUGGUUUAAUGCCUAGAAUUGGAAGAAGAGAAAAGAGAAGGAGAAGAUCAAAAUUUGUUCAUAUUAGUUUACCAGAUCGCCGUCAUUUUGGGCGAGGAGGAAAUGGAAUUUCAUGUCAUCCAGAUGAAAACAUUGAAAUGGACCUGUAUGAAAACAAGAAUAUACCCUUUUUCAAAAUAGCAGUUUGAAGUUAAAUGACAACUUCAUUUUGUCUAAUUCUUGCUGAAAGUAGCGUUUAGGCUGCCUUUUACAUCAAUAUCAAUGAUUUCAAGUAAAGAAGUGAGUAAUUCCAAUCCCUACAUCAAUUGGCAGGACCAAUUGUUGGAAAACCAUGUCCGAGCCAAACCUCCACAGGUGGAGAGCGUAACACUGCCAAUAAUUCAUACAUUAAUAUGAAGAGCAUCUAAUAAUCAUUCUGUGAUUUCACGAUAAUUGAUAGAAAAAAAUUUUCUAUUGUUGAUUGUUUUAUUGCAUUGUGGAAUUUUGCCGUUUUAAUGAUUUGUUUUAUUAAAUAUGGAGAGAAUAAGUUUAGGAAGAAUUGCCUUUCUUGUCAUUUUAGUUCCUGAACGGAUUAGGUUAAUUAAUAGGUUUAUGUAUUUGAUGAUAUAUUUAAAGUGUUCAUGUUAUUUUCAUGUGCCCUACACUGCCAGUUUACUUUCUUCCAUUGAUUUUCUUGUUAAUCUUUUUUAUUGUACUACAUUAUAUUUAGACAAGUGUAUACAUAAAAUCAGUAUUUCUUUUUAAGCAUCAUUUUUAGUCAACUUUAUACAUUCAUUUCAUGUGAAGUUCAGUAUCAUCAUUGUAAAUCAAUAAUGUCUAUCAUUCUACGCUAUUCAUAAAUUAAGCUAAAUUUUAAAUGAAAAAAUUCACUGUCAACAUUAUAAAAUGUCUGUUAAUGAACAGCUGUAUAAAUCCUGCUUGACAAUCUGCUUCUCUUCGAGGAAAGUAUUGAAGUUGCCAUUUUAAUGGGCAGAAUAUCUUUCUACGUGUAUGUGAAUUCAAUAUAUGGGUCAAUAUGUGAAAUUUCCUAAUCCCUGAUGUUUAACCCAACUUCUUGUUAUGUUAUGUAUAUUUAUCCCUUUUGGGAUGUAGUAAAUAGAGAAACAUAACAUGUUAAACUUGUUUGAAGUUUAUCUGCUGUGACUAUAGUUUGUUGUUGAAAACACUUGUUACAUAUUUUGAAAUGUUACUUUCAAGUGUCUAUUUUGCAGAAAAUAUAUACUGAAAAAAAUUUGAAAGUAUGUCAUUAAAAGAAGAGAAAUCUAAAAAUGAAUAUUUAUUUCUUGAAACAUAGUGCUUUAAUAAAUUGAAUUAUUACUGUAAAACAGAACAUGUGAAAAGAAACUAUAUAUUUUGAGAUUUCUCUUCAUGAAAGACAUCUUUCACAAACUUUAGCUACCUUUCAUAAAGGAUAUACAGCAGAAUUCUAUUUUUAUGAGCCAUUUGAAAACUAUUUUUAUUUCUGAAAACGAGUGUGGAAUAUCAAAGAGAUCUGUGAUGUAAUAAUCACCCAAACACAAGAAAUUGUGAUGGCAUUGUAAGCAGACAUGUUGUUUGGCAGGAAAAGAAUUCAGGAAAAUUUUUCUAUUCCAAAAGAAAAAAACAUCAUUGAAUCAAUGUCUUCUGUCAACACUUCAUGUUUUGUGGAAAUUUUUAAUAAAAAGAUAUAUUAAAAAAGAAUA